AUGGCUGAAGCAAUGGAUGGAGCAAGCAUAGAGAAAAGGAAGGAAAUUAUGGAAAAACUAAAAUCUUCACUACCAGAUGACUUGACAAAGACGCAGAGAAAGAAACAAGCUAAAAUAAUGUUCAAAAAACUUCAAAUGAAAGAAAAGUCAAAACUUCAAAAGAAGAAGCCAAAGCAUACGAAAAGACUGACAAAGACAAUGUCAUGCAGUGAUGCCAGCAAAGUGAGAGUUGCCAUAGAACUAGGCUACUCUGAGCUAAUGACUGAAAAGGAUAUUAGAAUGUUAAUUAAGCAGUGUCAGAGGUGCUAUUCAGAGAACAGACACUCUGUCAAGCCAUUGCAACUGUACAUGACAAGUCUUAGCGGGACUGUAAAGGAAGCAAUGGAGACACUAGAGGGAUAUGAUAAAUGGGACGUUCACUUUCACGAAAAGAAAUAUUUAGAUGUUUUUGAACAAAAAGAUAUUGUAUUUUUAGCUGCUGAAUCACCUAAUAUACUAACAGAAUUAUCUGAUGAUAAAGUAUAUGUCAUAGGCGGACUGGUUGAUCAUAAUCGCUACAAA